CUGCGGUUAUCCGCAGCCGACGAGUACCCAAAAAUAGCAACUGCCACUGACACCGAUCGACUUAUCGGUUUGCCGAAAACCGCCUUCGAUGGUUUCGGGUGGGUGUCGCGGUUAGCUGAAGACCGACGGAAGGGAUGGGUUGACGGGAUGACCGCGAUUUCAGCUUCAGGGACGGCGGUGAGGAUGGAACAGGGCGAUGCAGGGGACGAUGACGGCGACCAAGGAUCGAUCUGCUGCGACUGCCGGUGACAGAGGAUCAAUCAAAUCGACUUGCUGCUACUGCCGCCUGGCCUUCGAUCUGGAGGAUGAAGAAGGACGGGAUGGCGACGAGAUGGCGACGACGACCGGCGAUCGAUCUUCACCACUGCAGCUACCCCUUCUCCUUCUUGGCCUUCGUUCGCUGGACUUCGAUGGCGGACGGAGGGGUUGAGACUUGGAAUCGGAGGGAGAUUUGGGAAAAAAAAGCGGGGGACGGUUACUCGGUGCACCGAGAUUAUCUCGGUUUCUCCACCUGCGGUUUUCGGUGAAUAGAAAUCACCAAAACAG